AUGCACCUGGCCAGCCUCAGUGUCUACAUUGAUGAGUGCCUCACUUUCUCCUAUCCUCCCAACUUCUCCACAUGCCUGAGGAACAAUCUGGCUGAAUGGGUGCUGAAGUACGAGGCCCUGUACUUCAAGGGUCAGCCAGCUUGCAUAGGAUUGUGCCUGGUGACAAUCCACUCACUCUUGCACAUUGCAGAUUGCAUUGAGUGGGUGGGGCCAAUCUGGUCAACUUGGGCAUUCCCAAUAGAGCGUUUCUGUGGGCUCCUUUAG